UCUCAUCUGUAGCACGGAACCCACGGAACAUUCGACGUCGCGAAGUAAAAAAAUAUAGAUCUGUAAAGUUUUCAAUCGUGAAAAAUAUCCUUAAAUUUGGCAGCUGAUUGCUUUUGGAUACAUUCGCCUACAUUCUUCGCCUUUUCGACGCAGUAAGUUUGUACCAGAAGAUAUUGAAAGCGUGGCCAGGAAGGCUUAAGCCCUAAAUCAGCAGCCAUUCGUCGUGAAGACCCGAAAAUAGAGAUUUUGCAUUGCGGAUUGUUUCUAGAACAAACUGGACGGCUCUCACGCUCUCCCAUAGUUGCCGACCGAAUUUGGAAGCAGCUGGUCGUGGAUAGGUGCAGCGAAAGAAGCAGCUGAGAGGAGGAAGUGCGAAACUCAAACAUAUUCUCGGGCAAAUAGAACCAGGUAUUCAAUAGAUUCAUUGGAAUCCUUACGGUUGUCGGAAUACCGGAACGGAAGAGCUUUAAUUCUAGUGGCAGAUUUCCUAGCAGACUAAACAGAAAACCGGUGCACGAGAAUGUCUCAACAAGAACCCCAAUCUACGCAGCCUACUGUUAGGCAUAUUCCGAUCUUCGUAGAAGGCCGUUCAGAACCGCUACUGAAUAAACUUCCGGAUCCACCAGCGAGUGAAAAACCGAGUAACAAUCCCCAGCAUUCGGCAUCUUUCGAACGGAACACCCACACUAUGCCGGAAGCUCCUCGCAUGGAAAUGCCUUCCCACAAUUCAGACUUUUUCAAACAACACGGUUCAAUUUUUGAUAGAGCGAGAGAUUUCCCGGUGCGUAGCUUUCCAAAUUCGUCGUCGUUCUUCAAGCAAGCUAAUAGCAGCCCGGCACGAGAAUCUUCCCCAGCCAGGCAAGUUCCUAUCUUUGCCACAGAAAGUUCAGUGCCUCCGUCUCAUCAGCAAGCCAGCGCGCAUCCCCAGUCAGCUCCUAGAGGAUCUUCGAUGCCUCGACAAACUCCAUCUCCCCCAACGGCAGCCCAACAGCAACAGCAGUAUCAACAACAGCAAGCUGCUCGUUACCAACAGUAUCAACAGGAUCAGGCAGCUAAACAAGCGGCUCCAACAGCUCAGGAUCAGCCUGAUUCUAAACCGAAACAACCACCACCACCGGUUGCCAACGAUCCAAUCAGCAAAAUCCAAAGGAUCCAACGGGACGUUCUCGACAUCUUCGAUCAAGUCGAGCGGUUCCAGGGCGGCAAAGACGGCAAACGGGACAAGACGUAUAUUUAUUUGGAUGAAAUGCUAACGCAGAAUCUCCUGAAGCUAGAUUCGAUCGAUGCAGAAGAUCAACCACAGAUCAAAUCGGCUCGCCGAGAAGCAAUCAAAAGUAUAAACCACUGCAUUGCCGUACUGGAGGCCAAGGCAGAAGCAGCUGGUACUCCCGAAUCGUCGAUGCCUACCAGCGGUAGCAGUGAUAAGCUCCCAAACGGGACUGCAGCCAAUCGGACCGGUUCCGGCGGCUCUUUAUCGCAAUCCUCGUCCAUCUCUAACAAUAAUUCAUCUAGUCAGCAGCAGUCUGGGGAGCAGCAGUAAGCUUCCCAAAUUCUUUUUCACGUGUUGUCUAUUCUUUGAGAUCUUGGAACUUUUUUAACAGCGCUUUUCACCGCUGGUAGCGUAUGAUACCUAAAUAAGUUUGUGCAAUUUGUCUUUUGAUAUUUCAAUCUUUCGAGAACAGACAAAAGUGCUGUUACUCCAGUUUAUUUUUCUCGAUAUAUGUGAGUCAUAUAUUUAUACGUUUUCAAAUUUAACUGUCGUAAAAAAAAUGUGUUGGUUAUUUCUUUUCCAUAGUUUUCCUCAAAACAUAAUAACUUAUCCACUGCGAUAGUUAUUUCAAACACAUCGAGGUCGGUUAGGCUAAAAUACAUAAUAUGGAAUGCCCUCUUUCUCGGUAUACUUGACUUAUAUUGUUCAUUAGUCUGGAUAGUUUGUGAAAAAUGAAAUAAUUCUCUCACUCCAAUCAGUCAAGAACAGUUUCAUAGAAAUUUUAUUAAGUGCCAUUUUUUUCUCUUGAUUUUCAACUUCAAUAAUAAAUAAUAUGUGACUUCGCCUUCGUCGAUUGCCAUGCAAUCUAUUUGAGUCAAUUGGUGUAUUGACGACAUAAGGAUGUUAGCUUCUUGAGAUUUGGAUUUGCAUAUCAAUUCCAAUGAGUUUAUUGUUAAUCCGUCCUUCAAAAAUUUUCAAAGAGAAGCUGUUUUGCAGUUCUUUAUUUCAUUAUUUUUUUUUCUUAUUCAUUGAAUGAUUGCACAUUUUCACUGUAUGUAGGUAGUAGGUCUAGGAAAACAACAAACUGAAAGUGAUUCACCUAGCGAAAGGUAGUUUAAUAUCUCACAAACAUCAUGUACCCAAAACAAGUUUUUUUUUGUUUUUCAUCAUAAUUCAAUGUUCAGCUUGUACAACUAGCACUUAUUAAUACUCUAAAUCCAACUGCGUCUUUCAAAUUCAAUCAUUUACUUCAAGCCAAAACCACUUAUUUUGUUUGUUAAGAUACAGAAACUCAGUCUACCAUAACUUAUAUUUGAAGCAGUCAGUGCACUAGUGAAACUACGACACAUUUCGGAAUUGAGCUCUUAACGAUCACUGUUGGUCUUGUUUAGGCACACACGCUUUUUAGUUUGUUCUAGUAAGCAUCUUUUAGUAACUUGUAACAUACCUAAGAUCAAGCCUACAUUUGAUGAUGAUAACAAAGGAUUUAUUCUUAAGUUAACACUUCUAGAUAGAAAUUAUGGUUUUUUUUGCAAAUAUUACAUACUCGAAAUUUGAGAGUAGAAAGCACCGAUUGAGGCAAACAAAUUUCGGGUGGCUUCACUAGGAAACACAUAUGAAAGUAUAUUGCGUAAGAAACCAGAGUAUAUUUAUUGUUCGUUUUUUUUUUUUGUUUAUCUCCCCCACCUCUAUUUUCUUUAUAGGCUUAGUUUAACAAUUAUUGUAAACUAAUUUAUGUGCUACACCAACACCAUACACUUCGAAUGAUAUGCCUAUAAACUGUAGAAAGAAGAUUAAAGUUACUGAAAACAAUUAACAACAUAAAUCAAAAUAUCUUGAACACAAUUCACUCAAACAGAUUCUAAUGGAUAGAAAGCAAGUGUUGAGUAAGUAAAAUAUACAGUUAUACAACAAAUGUAAAACUUUGAACACUGUUUAAUAAACAAGAGCGAGAAAUAUUAUUAAUACAAUAAAAAUGAUCGAAUUAAUAUUGAAAAAAUUAAAUAAAAUCAGUAAAAACUUAAGCUCUAUUUAGUACACAA